GGUGUUACGUCGUGAGAGGCUGGGAUCUCCAGGAUGCCAGGGGUGUGGAAGUUGCUACGUACGCUGAUCUAUAUGGUGGUUGGCCUGAGGAGCGUCAGUAGCAAUAGCGACAUUUGGCCGCUGGAGAGACCGGAAGGGAUGCCGGCCAUCCAGUCCUUGGAGGUGAUGUGCGGAAAAGAUCAUAUGGACGUGCACCUCUCGUUCUCGCAGCCCUUCGAGGGUAUCGUUUCGUCCAAGGGUCAGCACGCGGAUCCGCGAUGCAUCUACGUUCCACCGUCCACCGGUCAGACUUUCUUCACCUUCCGGAUAGCUUAUGCGAGAUGCGGUACCAAACCGGAUAUGCAUGGACAGUUUUAUGAGAAUACCGUGGUGGUCCAAUACGAUAAGGACCUCCUCGAGGUUUGGGACGAGGCUAAACGAUUGCGGUGCGAAUGGUUCAACGAUUACGAAAAGACCGCGUCGAAACCGCCGAUGGUUAUCGCGGACCUCGACGUCAUACAGCUGGACUUUAGAGGCGAUAACGUGGACUGCUGGAUGGAAAUUCAGCACGGAAAGGGUCCGUGGGCGCCGCCCGUAUCUGGAAUUGUGCCUCUUGGCUCCACUCUCACUCUGGUCAUCGCCAUAAACGAUUAUCGAGGUGAGUUCGACAUGCGGGUCAAGUCGUGCGUGGCUUCGGACGGCGGUGGUCAUACGAUACAGCUAAGCGACGAGUUCGGCUGCGUGCUGAGGCCGAAGAUGAUCAGCCGGUUCUUGAAGGCGCGCGGCUCGGAUGACCGCGCGACCGUCAUCACUUACGCCUUCUUCCAUGCGUUCAAGUUCCCGGACGCGUUAAGUGUUCACAUUAAAUGCAAAGUGGAGAUAUGCCGACACGGUUGCCUGGAUCAUUGUCAACUAAGUGGCUCCGUAGCUCAUUACAUUCAGGAGAGGAAGGACCAGAUACGACCGCAGUAUAUAGACAGUACGGCGACUUCUAUUGCCUCGAAUGAUGAUAAUAGCAGCGCGGACAAGGACAACGAGGACAACGGAGACGGGGAACAGGGUGACAGUUCUCUGUACGAAGACGUUAUACAGAACGGCGACGAGGUGACGUCGAUCGGCGGGCAUUUCCUGGACGUUGAAAAGUCGAUUCCGAAAGCGCAGGCCCAGACGGGCAAUCGAUUAUCACCGAUCGUGACUGUCGAAACACAGCACGAUAGCGAGAUCCAUCUAGACGAGAUCGAUUUGUCGAAGCCACUUAUGGAACCAUCGCCGCUGGUGACCAGAUACGAUCAGAGCGAGCAAGAUCAAUUCCCGCAUGGACCGCGGAAUCUCGAGGAGGAUUCCGGCGACGCGAUGCCGGCGACGCCGCUGACAGCGAGUGCCGUUCGUCGAAAACGCUCGGUGACAGUGACAGACCGGAAGGCGCGCAGCGCUGACGUCGGCGUCAGCGGUAUCUACGAGGUCAUCUCCGAGGCGGAUCUCGCCUUCAGUCCUGAUACGCACGCCGAGGCGGUGACGGUUUUCCAAGGUAGAAUACGCGAGGAGGUUGUCUACGGGAUCUGCUUGCCGAUGCCGGGUUUCAGCGCGCUCUUCAUCGUCGUCGCGCUCUCGGCGGUCGUUUCCGCCCUCGUUGCCGGCGCGAUGUUGCACCGGCUGCAGGCGCAGCGAGAGGUCACCGCUGGCAACAGGGAGAGCAAUCAGACCGACGUCCACACCAGCAAUAACAACGGCUGGCUGUCUUAUGGUCUGCUACGCGUACGUUGUACGACGCGAUCCGCCGCUUCUCAUAAUUCCGAGGAGCUGAAGCAGACGAAUGCGAUGGCUUCGCAGGUCGCUGCGGAUCCGUCGGUCGAGCGAGGCUGACCAUCGGCUUUAAAGGUGCGUCCAAGGACAGACAAUGUGCAAUAAUAAUGUACGCUGUACAAAGUAUGGUAGAUGCGUAACAAGUAUCGUAAUUGCGUGCUCGACUCAUACUCAAUCGAGAGAAUAAUCGGGUGCAAUAUGGAAGAAGGGAGAUAAUUAUCGACACUAAUUGUCCGAUUGUCUUCCUAUGCGAAUCGCGCGACGAUAGACUACCGAGCUCUCGCGAAUCGUAGUACUCGAGGACCCCGUUUCUAGUAGAAUACGUAUGUAGCCUGAUCUUAGCGAAUCUAUUUGUUUUAACAUUAGCCUUCAUGGAUAUCGU